AGUUUUUAUAUUCUCUCCCCUUUUUUCUUUUUUUUUUUCUUUUGAACAUAUAUACCCCAUCAUAGAAGAAAAAGAAAAAAAAAACAAUAAAAUGGAACAACCAGAGAUGCGUGCUUCUUCUUCUUCAACUACUAUCAAUAUAUCCUCUCCUCAAUGUCAUAAUCGCUCAAGCUUAACAGAGACAAUCAGCGAAAAAUUCAAGGAGAUUGAAGAAGCAGACACAACUGGUUUUCUGCAAUAUAUGGACGAUCAAGUUCAUGACACUUGGGAUAAUGCAAAAGCAGUGAUGCUAGGUGCACAAAGACUAUUGCAGUUCCAUGAAUUGCCUAAAGAUUGGCAAGAAAACGAAUAUGUACUAUCCGGUUACCGAUUCUAUCAGACUAGCUAUGCAUGCCUAAAAUCUAUUUUUAUGCUUCAUAACGAAACCAUGAACAUUUGGAGCCACUUGCUCGGCUUUGUAUUUAUGUCUUGCCUUAGUAUUUACGGCUUUCAUAGACACUUUCCUGAUGCAUCAUUUAAAGAUCGUACUGUUUGCAUGACAUUUUGUAUUGCAGCCUUAAAAUGCCUGUUCUGUUCCUCUAUUUAUCACACAUUCAUUUGCCAUUCCCAUCGCCAAGUAAAAUCAUUCACAGCCACAUUGGAUUAUAUGGGCAUUUCUUUCUUAAUCACAGCCUCCGUACUCGUGACUGAAUACUAUGGCUACUACUGUAGACCCAUGAUGCGUGCUAGAUACAUGAUAUUCACCACUUUGAUUGGAAGCGUGGGUGUGUUUGCACCCUUUUUGGAAAAGUGGGACACAAAAGCACUUAGACCCUUGCGUAUUGCCGUGUUUGUGUCCAUGGCCGUCUCGAGUGCUGUACCUGUCUUUCAUUUGGCCUAUUUAAAUGGUCUUCGAGCUACUUGGCAAUUCUUUGAACUGGCUUCGGUGAGUGUCAUUAUGUAUGUUCUUGGUGUCAUUGUCUAUGCCAACCGUUUUCCUGAACGAUUCUAUCCUGGCAGAUUUGAUUUCGCAGGUUUAACAAGUCAUGCUAUCUGGCAUGUUUUCGUAUGCCUAGGCAUCUUUGUAAGUGGAUCAUUCAAACUUAUCAAUCAAUGACUAAAUUAUCUUCUUAGUUCCAUUAUUUAGCAUCUAUUAGGUUUUAUGCCAACCGAUACUCAUAUGGAUGCAACAUGAUAUCAAGAACAUAAACCCAUUCCCUGCAUACUAUUCUCCUUGAUACAGGAAUAUAUAUCCUUUUUUUUUUUUACUGCAUUUCUAGAAACAUAAUUCAAAUUUUGUAAUAAAAACAUCACAU